AUCCAUAAAACAGGUCCUACAAACUUGUAUAUAAUACAUCCCAUCCCCCCUGCCAUUUGCAUGUCUGUUUCUACUCUGCACUAAGAGGAGGAGUGUUUGCAUAGCCUCUCCGUUUUGUAUUUAGUGUCUUUUUUCCCUUCUAGUGCAGCAAAUGGCGGCGCUAGUAGUGUUUGGGCUUUCUAUGGUGUUGGGUGUUUUCACUAGAGCUCAGCUUGUUUAUGGUUCAGGCUGGACUAACGCCCACGCUACCUUUUACGGAGGCAGCGACGCAUCAGGAACCAUGGGUGGGGCGUGUGGGUAUGGAAAUCUUUACAGUCAGGGAUAUGGUACUAAAACGGCAGCACUGAGUACUGCUCUGUUCAACAACGGGCUCAGCUGCGGAGCGUGCUACGAGAUAAAGUGCAACGACGACCCACAAUGGUGCCUUUCCUCCUCAAUCGUUGUCACCGCCACCAACUUCUGCCCGCCCAACAAUGCGCUCCCUAAUAACAAUGGCGGCUGGUGCAAUCCUCCGCUUGAGCAUUUUGACCUCUCAGAGCCCGUUUUCCAGAACAUUGCCAAGUACAGAGCUGGAAUUGUGCCUGUCAUGUACAGGAGGGUGCCCUGCCAUCGCAAGGGAGGAAUUCGAUUCACCGUAAACGGGCAUUCGUACUUCAAUCUGGUGCUGAUCACGAACGUUGGGGGUGCAGGGGAUGUGCAUGCGGUGUCAAUAAAGGGCUCAAACACUGGUUGGCAGGCAAUGUCACGCAACUGGGGCCAAAACUGGCAGAGCAACACUUUCUUGAAUGGGCAGAGCCUUUCCUUCAAGGUCACUACCAGCGACGGAAAAACCGUCGCUUCCUACAACGUGGCUCCCGCGGGCUGGCAAUUUGGCCAGACAUUUAGCGGGUCUCAGAUACGGUAGCUUCUAGCUACUUUGUAACCACAAGUAGUGGGUAUGUUAGCGGUGAUAUAUUUUAGGGCUAAGAUUCAAGUUUUAGUAUGUCUACUUAGCCAGAGUCUGUUUUAUUUGGUCAUUUUGGUGUUUUGAAUGUAUUGUCGGGAUGCCGCGGUGGCUACAAAACGCCACCCGUGCCCUUUACAGAUUGUAGUUGCUCUUUGGUUAAUAGGAGGCAGAGGAGUUUUGUCGCCACCCGCACUUACCAACGGUAUUCCCGGUGGUGUAAAAGUGUGUUGUAUUCAAGUAAAAAAUUGCAUGCUGACUGUAAAUCUUGUCUUGUCUCUGUUUGAAUUCGCUAAUUUUAUAAGUUCAAAAUAUGUUCACUUUUCGUCAAAA